AUAAUUCUGGACUAAACGAGACAAUUGGAUUGCCUUAUUAACAUCAAUCCUUCAUGCUUUAAGGAAUUGUUGUAGACAAACAAAAUAUAAACUUCAUCAGGAAAUUGGAUAUCGAUUAGUUUAACAUUGACUACAAGUGAAUUAAUUAGGAUGGACAAAAUGGAUAAACUAGGCCAUUACUUGUGUAUGUAUCCAAAAUUUGACUGGAAGUCUCAGAACAUAACAAGGAUUAAGUUUGAAAAAGCCAUUGUCAUCAUCACAAUAAUAUUUUUCUUAACACUAUCAACAUUUUUAAUGUACUAUCGCUUUAGUUUGGUGCAACCUUUGUUCCCAGUCUCACAAAUCAUAUUGGAAGCUUUGACAACAAUUGUUAGCCAAUUGUUGUGUGUGGGGGCACUAACUUCACUAAUCACUUAUGAAACCUUGUGGAUGGAUUAUUUUGAUCAAAUUUACAUUUUAAGUAACUUCCACAAGUUAAAAUGUAGGAUGUAUAACUUUAAAUUGUUUAUAUUAGUGUUGGGUUUGUAUCUUUUUUGGCUAGUAACAAAUGCAGUGUUUAUUAAUUACAUUUAUGGCCAUAUUUUACAUGUAUGUUACAUAGAUGUUGCUUGGUAUGCAUUUUACCACUUGAUUUGUUCUUAUUUCAUUGUAAACUUUGUUAAGUAUAUUAGACAGUGUUUGUCUGUAACCAACAAGUUGCUAAAACAGAAGCUUGUGAAUAAGUCAGUGGAUUUGCCUAAAGAAAUUAGGAAUACAAUGAUAAUUUAUGAAGAGAUUAGAACCCUUAAUAAAGCUUUUGAAGACUUGUUUGGUUGGAGGAUAUUACUAAUAAUAACAGGAGGAUUUCUACUGAUGUUGAACACCUUCAAUUUCCUCAUCCGCCUAAUUUUGGCACCAGGAAAUUUCAUUAUCAUUACCACGAGCAUACUGUUGGGCUUGUAUGGAGUUUUUCCUCCUGUGUGGGUGAUGCAGGAGUGCGAUGAAACGGUGAAAGAAGGCGAGAAUCUUGCUGUUAUGGCCUUCAAGUAUCAAAACAAGUUUCCACUGAACUCUGAAGCAAGAACGGAACUUCUAAGUCUGGCCAAUUGGGUUUUAGAUAGGAAAAUAGCAUUUUCAGCUUUGGGGUUAUUCGACAUCAAUCGCAGGAAUAUUUUUGCCUUGUUGGGCACCACUACCACGUACUUUAUUAUAUUAAUACAACUAAUUAAUGUUUAGAUGUAAUGUAAUGAUCAAUUUAUUGAUUUUGUAAAGUUCACUGAACCUAAAGUUAUGAACAACGUCAAGGUUAUCCUGAAACCUGUACAAACGAAGAUUUUAGGCAAAUUUUCAGCAAAAUGUUCGUGCAAUAUGUUUGGAAACUUGAUAAAUUAACAAUUAUUAUAGAUUACUAUUAUUAAGGGUUUAAUUCUGAAUAAAUGUAAAAAAGUAAGGUUAA